AUGGCGGAGGGAUUCACGGAGCUUCGGGAUGUCGCGCGGAAGCUCACGGCGGCGAGGCGAAGUGCGUCGAGCUUGAGGGUUGCUACGAUGAGGCUUGCGAAGGUUGUGGGAGUGGCGGUGAGAGCCACGGAGGCCGGAGGGGGUGGAUCGCCGGUGGCGAUUCGAGAGAGGGAGAGAGAGAGACGUGUGAUCUUGGAUGUUGAUUGUGCUCUUGAGGGGUUUCAAACCAAUGUUCUCCACUUAAAGACAUACAAGCAGAAGUUGGUUGUCUUCCCAAGGCGUGCUGGCAAAUUUAAGGCCGGUGAUUCCGCAACUGAGGAGCUAGCAAAUGCAACUGUUAACGUAGUGAUUACCGAAUGGGUGGCUGAUCACACACUCCAAGGUCCUCUCUUGGCAAUUCAACAAGAGAAACCAGUCACCGAACUCGUGAAGGUCACUGCAGAUAUGAAGAAAAUCAAUGCAUAUGACAAGCUUCGUAUUGAGCGGGUCAAUGUCCGUCAUGUUGGGGCCAGGGCAAAGAGGGCAGCUGAGGCUGAGAAGGAAGAAAAGAAGUAA